CAAAUGUCAUUAUUUGCAACGAGAACUCAAAUCUGAAAGUGGCUCUUAGAAUAAUUUAUUCAGAAUGUUUGUAGGAGCAGGAUGUCAUCUUUUGUCGAGAGAUUCCCUUCCUUCGCUGGGAAAACAUUCACACCCAACUCAUCUGCUAAUGCACACAGUCAAUGCACCUCUAUUAGAAUCGUGCAAUGUGACUACACCAUGUCACACCCAGAACCCAACUGGGAUGUUGUCUUCUCGGAGUUCAACCGCCAACAGACAUUCCAGAUACCGGUCAUCCGAAUUUUUGGCCCUCAGGCAAAGACCGGGCGAAAAGUGUGUGCUCAUGUUCACGGAGUGCUACCCUACUUCUACGUUUCACUCAAUCCUAACGUGACAACAAGUGAGGAGUUUGUGCGCGCCUUUGCGCAGUCAUGCGAACUUGCUCUUAGAAGCUCUAGUCGUGCACAGAAUCGCAGAGGUAUGAAAGGAAACUUUGUUCAUAAUGUCGAAGUUGUGGCGGCGACUCCCAUUUACGGUUACUAUGACAAAGAGCAGGAAUUUCUGAAGAUCUACAUGUACAAUCCGGCACAUGUCAACUGGCUAGCUGACAUCCUUGGACAUGGUGCGAUAAUGAACACAGUGUUUCAGCCCUAUGAAAGUCACAUUCCUUUUGUGAUGCAGUUUUUCCAAGAUUACAAUUUGUAUGGUAUGAACUUGAUCCAUUUUUCAGACGUCAAGCACCGAUUAGAGGAGAUCACAGAGGAGAAGUUGAACUCGUCUGAGACGGAAAAGUCUCAUGUUGCUGGAGAUAAGGAAGCUCUGGAAAAAGUAAGCGUAUGUGAAGUCGAGUUUGACUCAUUGUCCUGUUGCAUUUUGAACAAGUCUCAAUCCGAAAUUGGGCCAACUGGCAGUCAAAAGAGACUGGGAAACCCCGGAUUGAGAUUGAUUUGGCAGGAUGAGUUUAAAAGGCAGUCCCAUAUUUCCCAAGGAGCUAGAGUUGAUAUAGCUAAUCCAAGCUCACCCGAGCGAACCAAUAUUCCAGCAGAAUCAUCUCAGAAACAUCAUCUAAAUGAAAUCUGCGAAGCGCUGGGAAGUUUCGAAAUCUCGCAAACAUUCAUUUCAAAAACUGCCUUUACACCGGGCAACGUUUCAUUUCAAAACUUCAAAACUCCAUGCAAGAACGAUUUUGAAAUAGGAAAAGCAAAGGCAAGCUCGACGCCUUUUCACGGCAAAGAAGAAAACUCAAUUGAUAAAUCACCGGGAAAAAAAGCGGUUUCUUUCAGUUCAGAUACUGUGAGCAACGAACCUUUUAUUAACGAGGAGAUGAUUACUUCAAUGAAUCUUCAAAAUGUUUCAGAAGCCAAUUCAAACUGUUCAUACUCGAGUUUGAAGAAUUUUCUAGCAGAAAUGACUCAAGCGAGUAUUAGUGGCUCACUUUUGAACCAAUCAGGAAUCGAUACAAGUCGCUUGCAUGAAAUGGACGACGAAGAAGUUGAAGAUUUUCUGUCGAUCAUUCAAAGUGAAAAAGAUUUGACAUGGUCUGAAAAAGCAUUUUUCGAUCUGAAGCUAGAUACAGCUGAAGACAGAAAUUUAAGCCAAAUUGUAGAAUGCCCUGAAGAUGUGUACGAUUUGGAAGCUGAUGAUAAUAUCGGACCAGAUGAUGAGAAUGAAAUUGCAGUUUUAGCCCAGUUGGAUGGACGUAGUGGACUCUACAGUGCCUCGAGUUCUCAUGCUGCAAUACAAAACGAUAAACGGCAAAGCGACAAUAUGGAAGUUAUGAGACCAUGUAUUGUACGGCUGGAGAGGUUGGCUCCUUCCUUACUAGGAAAAAGUGGUUCGAAAUUACCUGAAGCAUUAUCCACGACCAUUAGAGGAGAAAAAAUAGAAGAGGCAGUUGAACGUAGAACAACUGCAUCUACUGAAAAUCGAAAAGAUGAUUCUAUGGGAUCUAGUUUAUGCGAUGGUAACAGCGGCUGUGCAAACUCUGACGACGAAUGUUCUCAUGGUACAGAGGUAUUUGGAUCGAGAAUGGAGGAGUCUCUUUAUGUUGAAAUCGAGCAUACAACUGCAAAAGGCAUUAAUUCAACCACUCCUGCAAUCAAGUUGGCAAGUGUUGGAAAGUACAAAGUUGAUCUGCCGUGCUUCGAAGUGAACUCAGUCAAAAAACUGAAGCCGUGUCUUAAACUAGAAGAUAGUUUCAAUCAAACUACAGUUGACGCAGAGGCGGAAAAAGUGAGCAAACUGUCAAAUAGGCGUGACUCUCGUCUCUAUAAUAGUGAAAUAUCUAUUUGUGAGAUCUCCCCUCCUCCUGAAAUGGAAAAUGGUGUCGCAACAGUCUGUAAGUCAGAUGGCGAAGGGCAAGAAUUAAACAGUACGGCUGAAAGAUCUAAGUCUAAAAAGACAACUGCAACUUCAUACUCAAAAGACAUUGAUAGGUUAACUGCCCAGAAUUAUCUGACAAAUGAGAUGGUUGAAUGCGAAGAAGCUGAAAGAUCAAUCGAUUUCGAAGAAUUGAGCAACAUAAGCACAGCUACAACCAAAUCUAUAGAAGGGCCUAAUUUAUAUUCGGAAAUAGGCGAAUCAAUUUGGCCAGAUGACAACCGAGGAGGGCUUCAGACUCACAAUUCUGAAUAUUUAUGCAGCCAGUCUUCCUCUGCUACAAAGAAUAACUCCGCUGAGAUAUUGGAUACUGGGGGUCAUGAUUUAGGAAACAUAUUUGCAAAUGAACUAAACUUCAGAAUGUUAGCGGAAGAUUUAGGACAAAAAGGUCCAAAACUGAAACUUAUGUUUGCCGACGAAACUCAGGUCAGCCCAAAACUAUUUAGUUCUCCUGAAAAUGAUAACGAUGAGGUCUCUAGAAUAACAUUUGCAAAUUUGCCACCAACUAGAGGCUACGUCAUGAGCCGUUUAGAAGAACAAAGUUUAUGCGAGUUUGAUUAUUCGUAUGAAAACAGAUUAUUAGGAUCUGAAAUCGAGCCCUUCCAUCAUGAAAGCGUCGACGCAUUGGACGAAAACUUUGACGUGCCUGUUGGCAGAGUAAUGGUACUUACUCCAGCUAUGCCACCUCCUGUUAUUGACCGCCAAAAAUUGGAGGAGUUUGUUAUGGACAAAAACAGAGAAUCGGUUUCCGAAGUAUCCGAGGAGCUUGAAAACUCGAAACCAGAUCACCGUCGACCAAGUUCUCCCUCGAUGUUUUAUUCAUUCAUGCCGCCUCAAACUGACUUAGAAGUUGACAAGACUGCAGAUCUGAGAAUUACUUCGCCUCUAUUGUUGGAAUCACAUCCUGUGACCCCAUUUUGUCGGAGACACAGUACAACAGGCGUCUCAAUUCAUGAAGCCAAUGUAGGCAGUGAGCUACCAAAGAUUGAUGCAAUUACAUCAGAAUCUAGCCAGGAUCAUCGAUAUCAAAACUUGACAAUGAUGUCCAUGGAGCUGCAUGUCAUCACAAGGUCCUCACUACUUCCCGAUCCGUUAUUUGAUCCUAUAGUUUCCAUUUUCUACGCUGUGAUAGAUGACUGUGAGAACAAUCGAAAUAAAAUCGAAUCAGGAGUGUUGGUCGUAAGACCUUCCAUUGACGACGAGCAAAGUAAAUGUAACUUCAGACGUCGUAUUGAACAUCUAUGUGUGCAGCGAGACAUCGAAGUCAAGUUUUGCAAUUCUGAAUUUGAUCUCAUCAUUGAGUUCUCUCUGUUUAUACGAAAUUUAGAUCCUGACAUUCUGGUUGGUUAUGAAGUUCAGAACUCAUCGUGGGGCUAUCUGCUGAAACGAGGAACGAUACUUGAAAUAGACAAAAUGGCCCAAAUAUGUUCACGAAUACCAAUGAGCGGUGAAUCUCAUUUUGAUAAAGAGCGAGAUACAUUUGGGGCAGAUGAAAUGUCUGAAGUAAACCUAGUGGGAAGACUAGUGCUAAAUAUGUGGCGCAUUUUGAAGUCCGAAUCCAAUUUAAGGUCGUCUGAUUUCCAUGUAGUUUAUCACGAGGUAAUGAAAAAGAGGAUUCCCGUUUUCAAGUACAAAGAUUUGACGUCAUGGUUCAACCCUUUAUCUCAUAGUCUUAGCGCCAAACUUGCUUACAAGACUUUUGAUCAUUUGCACACACGAUGUAUUGGAAAUCUUGAAAUGCUACUCAAAUUAGAUCUCGUGACAAGAACAAGUGAAAUGUCUCGCCUUUUUGGAAUCCUGUUUUUCGAAGUGUUAACCCGUGGAACUCAAUUUAGAGUUGAAUCCAUGUUAAUUCGAUCGGCUAAAGCGCGAAAUUUUGUGUGCGCAUCGCCUAGUAUCCAGCAACGCGCCAGAAUGCGUGCCCCAGAACACAUUCCCCUAGUUCUGGAACCAGAAUCCAGAUUUUAUGCUGAUCCGGUGUUAGUGCUAGAUUUCCAAAGUCUCUAUCCGUCAAUGAUGAUUGCGUAUAAUUACUGUUAUUCAACGUGCUUGGGUCGCAUCGAACACCUCAAAGAUGAAACCAACUCAAUAUUUCAACUGGGAACUCUUCCAUAUUUUGUCCCAGCUUCGCGUGUGAGAAAACUGAUCAAAAAAGAGAAAGUCCACAUUGCACCGAAUGGCGUCGUCUAUGUUGAUACAUCAGUAAGAAAAGGAUUGAUAUGUCAGAUGGUUGAGGAUAUUCUGAACACUCGAGUAAUGGUGAAAAGAUUCAUGAAGAACUAUAAGAAAGAUCCAGUACUGUACAAAAUGCUAGAUGCUAGGCAACUUGGAUUGAAGCUGAUUGCCAAUACAACUUAUGGAUAUACUGGUGCCAGCUUUUCUGGUCGUAUGCCAUGCGUGGAAAUAGCGGACAGCAUUGUGCGCAAAGCGCGGGAAACGCUUGAAAAAUCCAUCGAUUUCGUGAACAAUUACUCGAAAUGGAAGGCGGAAGUUGUCUAUGGAGAUACAGAUAGCAUGUUUGUGCGUCUUCCAGGAGCUAGCAGAGAAACUGCUUUCAAAGUAGGUCAUGAAAUAAGCGAUAGUAUUACACAAAUGCACCCGAAACCGGUGAAAUUGAAAUUCGAGAAAGUGUACCAACCCUGCGUGUUGAUUACGAAAAAAAGGUACGUUGGAUACUCUUAUGAAACUCUGGAGCAAAGGGAACCUGUUUUUGACGCUAAAGGAAUCGAAACGGUGAGACGUGACAAUUGUCCUGUUGUCGGAAAAGUGUUAGAGAAAAGCUUGCGUCUUUUAUUUGACUGUAAAGACCUCUCUGUUGUGAAAGACUAUGUUCAAAGACAACUGAAUAAAAUCUCUCACGGAAGAGUUCCAUUGAAUGACUUCGUUUUUGCGAAGGAGUUCCGAGGAAGAGAUAGGUACAAACCAGAAGCUCAUAUUGCGGCAUUGAAAAUUGCUGACAAGCGACUAGCUGUGGAUCCAAUGGCUGAGCCCCUGAGAGGAGACCGCGUGCCCUAUUGUAUAGUGUAUGGUGCGCCAAAGCUACCUUUAUACAAAUUGAUACGGUCUCCAAAUGAACUUGCAAAGAAUCCUUUGCUCCGAUUAAAUGCGCUCUACUACAUUAUGAAGCAAGUUCUACCUCCUUUAGAUAGAAUUUUUGGUCUCAUAGAGAACACGAAUGUUUUUAAGUGGUUCAAUGAAUUGCCAGUCUAUUCGAAUCAGUUGAACACGGCUGCAAAUCUUACGUCGUCGAAAGGAUCUAACAAGGCCUUGACACUUUCUUUGUUUGUUUCAACAAAAACGUGUAUGUCCUGUUUCGAGAGGCAGUGCCAUCUCCAAUCUCCUGUAUGUAACGAAUGUCUAGCCGAUCCACAAUACCUAAUGUGGAAGAUGACUAUCGACUUACGUGAUGCUCAGAAGCAAUUGGAAGCAUCGAAGAGGUUGUGCUUGUCGUGUUCUGGUCACAGGAGAUAUUGUGAUGAUUGCGACAAUUUUGAUUGUCCUAUUUUCCAGAAAUUGCUGCAGUUGAAUAGAAUAUUGCCUGUACAAUCUGAAGUCGUGAAAAAUAUAGAAUCGAAACUGUCAUUUUGAACAACAUGAACUCUUUUGUUUUUUUUUCUGAUAACUCAUUCUAUGAAUAA